AUGUACCCUGUGCAGUUGCAAACUGUCGACUAUCGCCCUGUUGCUUUUGCUCCUAACAAGUACCAGUACAGCCCCUCCGAAAUCGAACUCAGUUUCGCCGACAGCGAGGAACGAACACGUCAUGAGUCGCGGAUCAGUACCGAUGCACCCCAGCUGGAACUCCUCCACCACUGCGAGCUAGAUACCGCCAACUCAAACGAUCGUCUCCGCAGCUCACGCGAGAGAGUACCUAGUACUGCUUUGAACUAUGAGCUACCGAAUGCCCCGUUGCUCGAGAAGUAA